AGCAUGGCUAAAAUUAAGAAGGUAAAGGAUGUGAAACCGAGAGUACCUGUUAUUAUUUCACAAAUUGAUCCUGAGGCGAAUUCAAAGGCAAUUGUAAUCAGUCAUAUUCCCUUUGGGUUCUUUGAGAAGGAAUUGUUGAGUUACUUUUCGCAGUUUGGCAAAGUAGAUCGAGUACGGGUUGCGCGAAACAAGAAAGCAAGUUUUUUAAUCCUUAUUUCUACUUUUUGCUUUACUGGAUUUACUGGAAAUCAUAAAGGAUGGGCUUUCGUCCUGUUCAAAGAUUGUGAAGUAGCACAGUUAGCAGCUGAAGCUAUGAAUGGCUACUUGAUGUAUGAAAAGCGACUCGAAUGCAAAGUAAUAAAAAACAAAAAUUUUCCACGCUGUUUGCUGAAAGGACCACGACUAAUUCCUCCACCUGUUAAAGGUGCACGCACAAAACAGCAUGCUCUAAAAAUGAAUAAAGUUCAAAGUGAAUGCUGUGAAAAAAAGUCAGAAAAACGAAUGUUGAGGAAAUUGAGAGUGAGAAAGAAAAAAUUAUCUGCGCUUGGUUAUCAAUUGCCAACUGUUGCUGGUCUACCGAAAGAAAAACUAAUGACGCCAACACCUGCCAAGGAAAUAGAUACGUUGCGAGUUACAGAAGUGAAAUCAGAAAAUAUAAAAGAAAAUGUAAUGAGCAAGCCAUCAACGCAGUAA